AUGGUGCGCGUGCUGCCCGCCUGCGGCCACGCCUUCCACGCGGCCUGCAUCGACGCCUGGCUGAGGCAGCACCCCACCUGCCCCGUCUGCCGCGCCUCCCUGCGCGCCAAGAACGGCACCCGCGCCACGCCGCUCGACUACAGCUUCCUCGUCGCCGGCGCCGCAGCGAGGGGCCCCGUGGCCGCGGCCGCGGCGGCCACCGCCCAGCAGGUCCCCGCGUCCUCGUCCGACCUCGGCACGUCACCGCACGCAGUCGGACACCAGCACCACACGGACGACAUGGGCGCCGAUGGCCUGCUGGAGAUCAUCUCCGAAGAGCCCGCCACCUCGGGAGACCCGAGCCCUUCUGCUGCUGUUGCUGCUGACCAUUCUCACUGCGCCGACGCGUCCGAACAUUGCUAG